GGAAACUAUAGAAGUACUUACCUACACGCCCCCGAAGACAGCAAAUAUACCAAUUAUCUUGAAAAAUAGUCAUUGCUGGAAACCUUUUUUUUUGUUAUUCAGAGUAUGAGUUGGUGGCGUUUUUUUAACUUGUACAAACUUUUGAAAUAUAAAUGAAACCGUCAGAAGUUGAUGGAGAAAAAUAUUUAUCAUUUUUGCGUAGUUUACUCGUUAUUUAUACUUUUUUAUAUGAAUGAUGCCAAAGUUGACUGACAUAAUGUUUGUAUACCCAAGACGCAUGCGGUGUGUAGUUGAUGACUGCAGACAGACUGUUAGAAACUCGUAAGGACGAGCAGUCUUGGAUUUUUUUUUUUUCGAGAAUCCCGUUUAGCAAACUUAGAGGAACGUGCGUGAACAUUUCCCGCAUUUUUACUCUUUUUCUUCUUAUCAUUAAUGAGGAUCAAUGUCUGCGGAUUCAUGAGACUCAUUCCUACACAAGUGUCCUCUGAAACUUUGUCGAGACUUUUUUUCCCUGUGGAGCGGCACCAGAGCUACCGGAGCUGACCGCAUCCUUCUUCAAGGACGAACGAGAGGACGACAGCUGCUUCAAGAUGAAGUGUCAGAGAGUCCUCACCUACCUGCGGAUAUUUGGCACCACCAUGUUCGGCGUGUCCCUCCUGGUGGGCAUCUCCACGGCCUACAUCAUGGGCUACCAGUUCUUCACCACGGCUCGCAAUCACCUGUCCUUCGGCCUCUACGGCGCCAUCUUGGUGGUCCACCUCAUUAUCCAGAGCCUCUUCGCGCUCUUAGAACACCGAAACAUGCGGCGGUCCUUAGAGACGCCGAUCAAACUGAACAAGUCCUUGGCGUUGUGCAUUGCGGCGUACCAAGAGGACCCGAACUACCUGAGGAAAUGCCUGGUGUCGGUGAAGAGGCUGACGUACCCGGGGAUCAAGGUUAUCAUGGUGAUCGACGGGAACACGGACGAUGACUUGUACAUGAUGGAUAUUUUCAAAGAGAUCAUGGGAUGGGACAAAUCGGCCACGUACGUGUGGCGGAGUAACUUUCACAGCAGAGGGCCCGGGGAGACGGAUGAGGCUUACGCCGAGAGCCUUCAGCACGUCACCAGGACGGUCCUCAACAACAAGUGUGUGUGCAUCAUGCAGAAGUGGGGAGGGAAGAGAGAGGUCAUGUACACAGCCUUCAAAGCACUGGGGCGAAGCAUAGACUAUGUGCAGGUGUGUGACUCAGAUACUAUGUUGGACCCGGCAUCAUCGGUGGAGAUGGUGAAGGUUCUCGAGGAAGACCCCAUGGUGGGAGGCGUUGGAGGAGAUGUACAGAUCCUAAACAAAUACGAGUCCUGGAUCUCCUUCCUGAGCAGUGUGCGGUACUGGAUGGCCUUCAACAUUGAGCGGGCCUGCCAGUCCUACUUUGGUUGCGUGCAGUGCAUCAGCGGGCCUUUAGGAAUGUACCGGAACUCCCUCCUGCACGAGUUCAUCGAGGACUGGUACAAUCAGACUUUCAUGGGAUCCCACUGCAGUUUUGGGGAUGACCGCCAUCUCACUAACAGAGUUCUAAGCCUCGGGUACGCAACCAAAUAUACUGCUCGAUCAAAGUGCCUCACCGAGACGCCGGUCACAUACCUGCGGUGGCUCAAUCAACAAACUCGGUGGAGUAAGUCAUAUUUCAGAGAGUGGCUAUACAACUCCCUGUGGUUCCACAAGCACCAUCUGUGGAUGACUUAUGAGGCCGUGAUCACGGGCUUCUUCCCAUUCUUCCUCAUCGCCACUGCCAUCCAACUCUUUUACCAAGGAAGGCUCUGGAAUAUUUUAUUGUUUCUGCUCAUUGUGCAGGCGGUGGCGCUGAUCAAGGCCUCGUUUGCCAGCUGCCUCAGAGGCAACAUUGUCAUGGUGUUCAUGUCAUUCUACUCCGUACUGUACAUGUCGAGCCUGUUGCCGGCCAAGAUGUUUGCAAUAGCAACAAUCAACAAGUCUGGAUGGGGGACCUCGGGGAGGAAAACGGUGGUGGUGAACUUCAUUGGUCUGAUUCCCAUAUCAGUUUGGUUCACUAUCCUCUUCAUCGGGAUUAUCUAUACAGUGAUCCAGCAGACUAGAAAGCCCUUUCCUGAAUCAGAAAAGAUUGUUCUGGUCAUAGGGGCAGUCGUCUAUGCCAGUUACUGGGUCGUACUGUUGACUUUGUACACAGUGCUCAUAAAUAAGUGUGGGAAGAGGAAGAAGGACACACACUACGACAUGGUGCUGGAUGUAUGACUUACAGAACUCUCUGUUAUGGUUGUUUGCACUCACACCGUGUUGUUAUGCAAAUGUUUUUCAGAUGCAGAGCAGCUCUGGAGGCAAAAUUGGUUCAAAAUGGGCAAAGAACCAGGGAUUCUUUUUCAAACUUGAAUGGCAAACAUAAAUGACAGCGGCUGCUUUUUUCUCUCUGUUCAUUUGUGACAACAACAUUCAUGAUCUUGGAACAGCAUGCUAGCUAAUUAGCUUGUUUUUUUAAAAACAUCUAGCGAUGGUAAAACUUUCAGUAUGGCAAGAUUAAAUAUCUUGCAGUUGGCAGAAAGAGUGAACGGCUUUGUAACAUUAGCUACCUCUUACUCAUGUCAGUUUCACUGGGCUUCAGUCUAACAUUUGCAACUCAGCCAAAGAAACUGUGGAUUUUGUGUCUCCACCCAUUGGGGUUUAACUUGACAUAAAAUAUUUUACCUCCAGAGCAUCGUUGUGUCUCCAAGAAUUGUUUGUACAUGCAGACUAGAAAAAGCUCUACAUAUUGGCCCCCACCAAGGCAAGCCAAAGUACACCGCCACAUAUCUUCAAGUUCAAAUCAAACUAAAACCUCCAGUCUCCUCUGUCAAUGAUUACAUUCUUAACUCUAAAAGGUGCUGAGAUAGGCUACUGCCAUCAGUACUAAUGUCAUUGUAAUCUGUGUGGAGCUCAUGAAUAGGUGCGGUUAGCCACUAUAGCAUUGAAAGCAAUGCACAAGAAUUUCUGACGUAUGUAUUUACAGAUGCCACAACUUCAAAGGUAUUAGCUCUGAGGGCAAUGCAUUAGGGAGAGCUAAAGUAUCAAUUUACAAAGGAAAAAGGCUCUACAAUAAAAUGCUGGUUACUCUUUCUUGUGUUGCAUUCAUGUCAUGUGGGAGAGAUACUUCCUUACAGUCUUCAUGCAUUAUAAAUGCGUUUAUCUAUUUCAAUAAAAGAUGUUUUUGUAUCAUUUAAGGCAAUUUUGAAUUCAUAUCAACUGUAGUGCACAGGUAUUUCAUGCAGGAUUGACGUUACAAUUCUUGAUUUGCUGUUUAAAAUCAAACACAGCACUCGUUGCGGUGCAUGUAUGUUGAAUGUGAAAAGGUACAAGAUCCAAUUUAAAUAUCUGGACACUUACAAGUCUUGUCGUUAUUCCCAUAUGACGCGAAUAUGCAGUAUUUUCCUCAACGUUUACAAAGUGAAGAAUCUCAAACUGAUCCCUGAUAGGUAGAUAUAAUCUCCACCGGAUCAGGUGACGAGGUGAACAUGUGACCAAAAGAGAGACGGUGUAUCAUUGCUGCUGUGACUGUUUUAUUUUUACAGAAACAAUGACUUUUGUUUUUUUUACAUACAGUAUAGAUAUGAAUGAUGGGUGUAUGUUGCAAAAUGGUUUUAACACUAAUAUUGUUGAUGUAUUUCUUCCUACCAAGUUGAAUGAAAACCACCAAGUAGACACGGUGGCCACGUUCCAAUCCAAAGAUUUAGUGAUUCUUGCUUGCCAUGUGUCCUUGCUCUCUUCUCCUCACAUAUACUGUAUGGAAGAUCGUGUGGCUAGAUACCUCUGCUUCGUUGUAUUCUGUCGAACGAGCUGCAAGGGAAGGAGCAAAUGUGAGAGGAAUACAUGAAUGCACGAAUAAGGGCACUUGAUGGAAGAGCAUUUUGGAAUGAAAGUCCAGUGUUUGCUGUAGACCGGGAGCAGACAUGACUUAUGCACUUGUAUGUCCCUCCCGUCAUCCAGCUUGAUGCUCGAUGUAAUCAAGAUGAAAUACCUCAGUGGUUCUCUUUGCAUUGCAUCAAGGCAUUAGGAUGCCGUCCAAAGACUGAUGCAUUCUGAAGGUCUCAAGUAAUUUAUGAUC